AUGGAGGUGACUGCGGACCAACCGCGCUGGGUGAGCCACCACCACCCUGCGGUCCUCAACGGGCAGCACCCGGACACGCACCACCCGGGCCUCGGCCACUCUUACAUGGACCCGGCUCAGUACCCUCUGACGGAAGAGGUGGACGUACUUUUUAACAUCGAUGGUCAAGGCAACCACGUCCCGUCCUACUACGGAAACUCGGUCAGGGCUACCGUGCAGAGGUAUCCUCCGACCCACCACGGGAGCCAGGUAUGCCGCCCACCUCUGCUGCACGGAUCCUUGCCCUGGCUGGAUGGCGGCAAAGCCCUGAGCAGCCACCACACUGCCUCGCCCUGGAACCUCAGCCCCUUCUCCAAGACGUCCAUCCACCACGGCUCCCCGGGGCCGCUGUCCGUCUACCCUCCGGCUUCAUCCUCUUCUCUGGCCGCAGGCCACUCCAGUCCGCAUCUCUUCACCUUCCCUCCCACCCCUCCGAAGGACGUCUCCCCAGACCCGUCGCUGUCCACCCCAGGAUCGGCGGGCUCCACCAGGCAAGAUGAGAAAGAGUGCCUCAAGUAUCAGGUGCCGCUGCCGGAUAGCAUGAAGCUGGAGACGUCCCACUCCCGAGGCAGUAUGACCACCCUGGGAGGGGCCUCGUCCUCAGCCCACCAUCCCAUCACCACCUAUCCGCCCUACGUGCCCGAGUACAGCUCCGGACUCUUCCCACCCAGCAGCCUGCUGGGAGGAUCCCCAACAGGGUUCGGGUGUAAGUCGAGGCCCAAGGCGCGAUCCAGCACAGAAGGCAGGGAGUGUGUGAACUGUGGGGCAACCUCCACCCCACUGUGGCGGCGAGAUGGAACUGGGCACUACCUUUGCAAUGCGUGCGGACUGUACCAUAAGAUGAACGGACAGAACCGGCCCCUUAUCAAGCCCAAGCGAAGGCUGUCAGCAGCAAGGAGAGCAGGGACCUCCUGUGCGAACUGUCAGACCACCACCACCACCCUCUGGAGGAGGAACGCUAACGGGGACCCCGUCUGCAAUGCCUGUGGGCUCUACUACAAGCUGCACAAUAUUAACAGACCCCUGACUAUGAAGAAGGAAGGCAUCCAGACCCGAAACCGGAAGAUGUCUAGCAAGUCCAAAAAGUGCAAAAAGGUGCACGACGCGCUGGAGGACUUCCCCAAGAGCAGCUCCUUCAACCCGGCCGCCCUCUCCAGACACAUGUCAUCUUUGAGUCACAUCUCCCCGUUCAGCCACUCCAGUCACAUGCUGACCACACCGACGCCCAUGCACCCGCCCUCCGGCCUCUCCUUUGGACCUCACCAUCCUUCCAGCAUGGUCACCGCCAUGGGGUAG